AAUUAUUAGAUUUUAUUAUAUUUAUAUUAAAUAACUUUUCUUUUCUUUAAAUUUAAUAUAUACAAAAAAUUACAUUUGUCAAUUCCAUAUCGCUGGAGUUUUUUAUUUUUCAAUUUUCAAAAAAUUAGAUUUAUUAGCAAACAAAUGAAAACUCCUUGAUCUUAUUUGUUUUAGUUGUUUAAAGUUUUAUUUUUAUCCCAUUUAAUUCGUUUUUUAAUCCGAAAUUUGAAGUCGUAUAUUAUGCCUCCCCUCAGAAGUAAUGAAGUUGACACCUGAAAGAUAAAAACAGAAAAAAAUCAUUUUUGAUAGUUCAAAACCAAAUCUAACAGUAAAGUAAAGGCUCCUUUAGUUUAGAGGAAUUCAAACAUAAAAUUUUAAAAAUAGUAACGUAAUACGUUUUUCAAGCCAAUAAGAACAAAAUUGGAUGCCAGAUUGUCAAGAAAUCAACUUGACAAUCUAAAGUAGUUCUACUUUCGUAAAUUCUAUUCUCAAUGCAGUUUUGUAAAAUAUUCAAUAUCGAUCGUAAAUCACAAAUCAUAUUGUAGUAUAAAAACAUUAACUGAAAACAAGUUAAGAUUCAAGCAAAAAUGCCAAUACUUAGCGAAGAGGAUUUGGAAAGAUUCCGAACAAAAGUGUGCACUCUGGCCUCUUCUAUGAAGUGUGACUUUGGGGUGGAAAGGUGUAAUUACUCGCAUAACCUGUACUGGGCACGUAGAUGCCCAUUCUACCUGAGAGAUUCAUCAAUACUAAGAUACAUACCGCAAUGCUGCCCAGACGUCGAGCUGGGCGAAGGAACCACAGUAAUAAGAAACUCGUGCCCAAGAGGAAACAACUGUUCGUUUGCACAUUCAUACGAGGAGAUACACUAUCACCCACUGGUGUAUAAAACUGAAGUGUGCAAAGAUUACAGGUUGGGCAAAUGCAAGACGUACUACUGUCACCUGGUCCACGGGUUGGCAGAAUACAGAGUACCGAAACAAUACGUGCUACCGAAGAAGGUCGGCCUCGACAUUCCGGAGUUCGCACACGUGAGAAUGGUGGACAACAUCAAGUCAAUCACCUCAGGAAACGUCUCAGUAGGCUGUUUCCAGAAGGAAAAGGGCGCCAAAGCCCUGGAAAAGACAUUGAGCAAGUUAGAAAGUAAAGAUUUGUAUGACUCUGGUAACAUUAAAUCAUGGUCAUCAAUCAAGUGGAAAAACAAAUCAACAGAAAAGGACCACUUGCUACCAAAUAACACUGACUUGAUCAAUGGAGGGAUAUGCAAGGAUGGAAGUUGUAAAAGAGACAUAAAGAGCACUAUAACAAACAACUUUGGAAAUACUGCUGAAGGAAUGGAAACUGAAUCAUUUAAAAGCAUCAACUCAAUUGACAACAACAACCAGAAUUGCGAAAACGACCCGAUCUAUGAGUGGUACAAGUUAAUAUCAAUGCCAAAAGUAGAUUACACAGAUGACAACAUGAGUGAAAGGAACUGCUCGAUCCUCAAGUUGUACGACAAACACAUAGGGAACAAUCUGAACGAGUUCAACAACCUAAGCAUCUACAAUAACGGAUUGAAUCCCUACAAUGACCAUUACGAUAAUGACUUAAAUGUAUAUGAACAGGACAACAACGUCAACUAUGAAAAUGAUAAGAGAAAUGAGUCAUUGGUGACAAGAAAUGUAAACAUGUGGAAUGACUCAAACAUCACUCGAAUCAUUGAAUCAAACGAUAAUGCUAUUGGAACAGUAUCAAGUAUCAUGGGCGAUUCAUACCAAAGCUACGAAGAUGUAUUCCAAUCCUCCGAUUUGGCCUCAAGCAUCAACUCGAUUAGCCAGGAUGAUAUCUACUCGAAUGUGUUUAACCAGUGUGAGGUUAUUAAGAAAAACUGCAGAGAAUCUAUCCAAAACAAAAUCAAGUGGUCAACUGUGGUUGACGAGUGUACGAAACUGCUCAAUCUAGUAAUUGAUGCAAACCAGCAACCUCAGGAUAAGAAGGAAGAGUAG